AUGGGCGCAGCAUCUCAAAGCGAGUCAGGCGAGCGCACGGUUGUGAAGCAGGGCGCCCGCAGGGCGUCUAUGCUGGAGAUUUUGGGCCUGAAGGGCAACUUCAGCCACCUGAACUUGAAGGACCCCUUCAACGUGAAAAAGCUUGGCUCCAGCUACACCACCGAGAUCCGUGCUGGCUUGACAACGUUUUUGGCCAUGGCCUACAUUCUUCCGGUGAACAGUGGCAUGCUCAGUCUCGCUGUGCCGGACAUGAAGGAACAGCUGGUGUGUGCCACGGCUCUAGCAGCCUUCUGUGGCUGUUGGCUGAUGGGCAUCCUCUCCAACUUCCCUUUCAUGCUUGCGCCAGGCAUGGGCACCAACGCCUACUUCACCUUCAGCAUCGUCUUGGGCCGGGGCCUCCCAUGGCAAGCCGCCUUUGCGGCUGUCUUCGUGGCUGGCUGCCUCUUCACGUUGCUGAGCGUCACGGGCAUGCGCACGCUGCUGAUCCGGCUCUUCCCCGAAGGCAUCAAGGAGAUCAUCGGCGCGGGCGUCGGGCUCUUCCUGACCUUCAUCGCUUUCCAGAGUGCCGAGGGCAUGGGCUUCUCUGUGGCAGAUCCCGCCACGUUGGUGAAGCUCGGGUCUCUGAGCUCCGACUCCUAUGACUCGGCGAAGAUGUGGUUGAGCCUCGCAGUGCUGGUGAUCACUGCGAGCCUGCUGGCGGCCAAGGUCCCGGGUGCUCCCUUGAUCGGCAUCGUGCUGGGAACCGUCAUCUGCUGGAUCGAGGGCUGGGCGCACGGCACGGAGGGCACCAUCUUCGGCUACCCCUUCGGCACCGGAGGUGACAGCUCCGCCAAGGACUUCCGCAUCUACGUGCCCACCGGCAUCGUGCCACGGCAGCAGACAGCAGGCAAGGCAAGCGCCACCUGCGCGGAAGUGGCCAAGCCGUCUCUUGAAGGCCUUGCUGGUGCUUUGUUCGAAGGCUUUGACUGGGCUUUCCACCCGGACACCAGCAGCACGUUCUGGACGGCUGUGGCUACGUUCUGCUACACCGACCUGCUCGACUCCUCCGGGACCUUCUUCGCCGUGGCGAAGGUCGCCGGGCUCACGGACAGCCGGGGCAACCUGCCGCUUGCGCGCCAGAACAUGGCGUACCUGGCCGACGCGCUGGCCAUGAUGGUUGGCUCCGUGCUGGGCGUCUCCACAGUGAGCACCUUCGCCGAGUCGACGGCAGGGGUGGCGGAUGGAGCCAAGACUGGCUUGGCCUCGCUGGUGACAGGCAGCUGCUUCUUGCUGGCCAUCCCCUUCUCCCCGAUCGUCUCGGCCGUUCCUCCGCUGGCUUCCGGGCCCAUCCUGUGCCUCCUGGGCGCCAUGAUGUGCAGCUCCGUGAAGGGCGUGGACUGGGAUGACUUCCAGGAGUCUAUCAGAGCAUGUCGUGAUGUUCGGUGUAGUAUGAAGACGAUGAUUCGUGUGGCACCGUUGACCAACAGCACGAAGGUUUACCGAGGCAUGGCAACAGAUGGAAUCGAAGAGUCUCUGCCGGCUUUCGUGGCCAUGAUCACCAUGCCGUUCACGUUCAGCAUCGGCUACGGCAUCAUCGCCGGCUUGGGCCUCUGGAUCUCCAUCCAGCUCUUGCUUGCACCCCUGAGGCUCUACCGUGGCGAGAGCCCCAUGGUGCGAGUUCACAAGCUUUGGGGCUCCGCGUUCGUGGAGGGCGACGAGGAGGAGAAGAUCAGCGGCAAGGGUACUCCUAGCACCAUCACCCCCAGCCAGUCCUUCGGCGAGGAGGUUUGA